GCUGCCUGGACCUGGCAGGGAGGGGGAUUCCUCUGCACCGGGGCGCUGGAGCCAUGCUGGAACUGCAGCUGGAGAGUCAGUAGAGGCUUGGAGUUGGGACCGCGCGGACACCAGCAGAAGAAAACCAUCACCAUGGUGUCUUCCACUCACAUCGUCCUCGUCCUCGCGGCGGUGGCCGUGGCCGCGGUGAGCGCGCUGCCCGACGGCGCGCCGCUGGACGCCUGCGUCAAGGGCAACAAGCCCAACCACAGCAAGAUCCCCGCGCAGUCCGCGGACACCAACCCCUACCGCAUCGUGGCGUCCACCAGCCAGUACCAGGCCGGCUCCACCAUCACGGUGACCAUCUCCGGCGCCAACCUGAAGGGCUUCUUCAUCCAGGCGCGCGACGUGGCUAGCGGCGGCUGGCUGGGCUCCUUCAAGGAGACCACCGGCGCCGUCAACGUGCUGCCCGAGUGCUCCGCCGCCACGCACGCCGACAACCGCGACAAGGUGUCCGUCACGCUGCACUGGACCGCGCCCCGCGACGCCGCCCCCGGCCAGGUCUUCUUCACUGGCUCCAUCGUGAAGGACUACGCCACCUUCUGGGCGGACGUCCUCGCCGAAGUCGCCCAGUAAGCGGGAUCCACAGCACUGCCAAUCCACAGCACUGCCAAAGUCCGUCAUCACCAUCAACACCCCCAUCAUCGUCCCAAAGACCGCCGACCUCGCCCACCAUCAAACCCGUGUGUCACUGCCAUUCGCGCCAUUAAAGCAACUAAGUUAAGAAGUAA